AUGCCCCCGGGGUCUUUAAACAUGGAGAAGAAAACAUGUGCAAAUCCUCUAGUUAUAAUCCUACUUGUGUGUUUUUUCCUUCUAGGGACCUCCUUCAACAUAAGUCUUAUUUUUCCAUUUUACACAAUCAAUUCAAUCUUCUCAACAUUCUUAGCUUGUGUUAUGACAAAUAAUCAAGCUAGUUCAUAUUUUGUUGAAGCAAAAAUCAAGCAAUUAGCUCCAUCUCCUCCUGUUAAUCCUUCAAUCCCGCGAUUCGCUUACUUAAUUUCUGGAUCAAAGGGUGAUCUUGAAAAGCUAUGGAGAAGUUUAAGAGCAUUGUAUCAUCCAUGGAAUUACUAUGUUGUUCAUUUAGACUUGGAAUCACAUGUACAAGAGAGAUUGGAACUUGCUUUAAGAGUGGAAAAAGAUCCAAUUUUUUCCCACGUUGGAAAUGUGCAUAUGAUUACUAAAGCAAAUAUGGUGACCUAUAGGGGACCAACUAUGGUUGCUAAUACUCUUCAUGCUUGUGCUAUUCUCCUUGAGAAGCAUAAAGAUUGGGAUUGGUUUAUUAAUCUAAGUGCUUCUGAUUAUCCCCUAGUGACUCAAGAUGAUCUUCUCUACACAUUUUCCGAUUUGAAAGGAGAAUUAAAUUUCAUUGAGCAUACAAGCGAGCUAGGUUGGAAAGAGGACGGAAGGGCAAUGCCAAUUGUUAUAGAUCCUGGGCUGUAUAAGACCACAAAGUCUGAUAUAUUUUGGGUCACACCAACGAGAAGUGUUCCCACUGCCUUUAAACUCUUUACUGGUUAG